AUGCAGCUCUGGCUACUACUGACAGCGUUACUAGUACUUUAUCCCUAUUCUGAUGCCAGUGACUGCUCUGACUGUGUCGAUCAAGGAUGCACCUUCUGCCAAAAGUACAAGGGUGAUUCUUGGGGCGCUGGACCCGGCGUUUGUGUCUGUGAGAGGUUGAACUAUGGCUUCUAUGACCAAAAUGCUGGCAAAGACUGCAGUGAAAUCUCAAUUGGGGCUUCCGAACUCAAGUCCAAGCCAGAUUGUGCCCUUGGAAAUCAAAAUGGAGAGGGCCUUACCGCAUUGUUUGUGGUUGCGGGGCUUUUCUUUGUGGCUGUUAUUGGACACUACGUUUACAAACGAACAAAAAGCAAGCCACCAGCCUAUGAACGUGACAGGUAUACACCAUCCCACAACAGUGAGCCCAUCGCGUCAGCUCCGCCCACAAGCAGUGUCCUUCCCGUGGUUCAUGUUCAACCUACGGCUCCUCCAGCAGUUCACCCUACGGCUCCUCCGGAAGAAUCCAACCAACCAGCCAUGGCGGCAGCGAUUCCUAUCGAAGAACACAGUUUGCGUGCUCAGACGGCCAUGACAGUGAGUGCAAGGCCAGUUCCGUACCGGUAG